AUGCACUCCGCUUCCGUCAGCGUUAUCGGCGAUCAGCACAACUUUGUCAGUGUCCUGUCUAGGAAGAAAAGACAUAUACUACGAGCCCUCUCAAAUUCUAGUGUUUUAGAAAAGCGUCUUCUGUCCGCUACACUAGCUUUGCUAGCUGUAGCUCUCACACUGCUGAUUGCUCUUAUCGUCUUUGCCUCGUAUAAAAAAUACCGGGAUAGAGGAAGAGUUUGUGAGACAAAAGAGUGCAUAAGAAGUGCCGCCAUGCUUCUGCAGUCGAUGGACCCAAUGACUGAUCCUUGUGAGGACUUCUACCAGUUCGCCUGUGGUCGCUGGGCGGAACAGAGAAUCCUGGCAGAGGGGUCUUCCACCUCUUGGUUUUCCGAGAGGACUAAACACAUCCAACGGAAGAUACUAGAGGUGUUACAAACUAACAGCACCAGUGUUGAUCCCUUGCCUGUCAGACAAGCUCGCAACUUUUAUCGAUCCUGUACAGAUACUGACACAUUAGACCAGCUUGGUCUGCAACCCAUGAUGGAGGUUCUGGACAAACUGAUGUUACCGAGGACUCUGCCCAACACUACGACAGCAUCCAGCUGGUCUUUGGGUCCCACUCUAGCAGCCAUCCAGAGACUGCUCAAUGCUGACAUUAUGGUACAACUCAGCACCUUCCUAGACCCAGCUACCAACCGAUCUAUACUACUGCUGUCGCCCAGCUACAGCCUGUCCUCCCUGCCAGAGGUUAUGACACCUGAGGUGCCACACUCACACCUGACUGGCAAUCAGCUGUUCAAGACCCGCCUCUCCUACAUCGCUGAGGUUCUGGCCGAGAUUCACCCGGAGAUGAAUUCCACACAUCUCGUCACCAUUGCUCUUCGUAUCCUCUUCACUGACGCCCACAUUAAAACGGUUCGUCGCUCAGGAUAUCAAGAAGGCAGAGACUGA